CCUGCUCUAAACUUUGAAGCUACUGUCCUGGUAAAGCUUUUGGUUAAUUGUAUGUGCCCAUACAGCCCUGACACAGGGUCGAGAUUAAAGUCAGAGAAGCUGCACAAAAAAUGACUGAUGACAGGUUUGUGUACCUGAGAAAUACUCGUCUCUGAUUGGCUUAAGGCUGCUGGAGGUCAUUUCUACAAAUAAUUUCGCGGAGCUGAAACAAGUGCUACAAAAUGUAAUUUAUUUUUUUGCUACAAAAUGUAAGUGUUCGUUUUGUUUGUUGAUUUCACGCUGUGACUGGACGUCAUGAAAAGGAGGAGGAGGUGCUCUGCGCUGCUCCAAGAUCUCGCGAGAUUUGGGAUGAAACAGCGGAUUAAAAAAAAAAAAAAGGUGGAUCCCCUCCCUCUCUCCCAUUCUCGGAGCCGCACAGGUAACCAGCAGGUACCGAAGCGUAGGACCGCUGCGGCUUCUCCGGUUAGCUUUUCUACCCAGAGACACCUCCCGUCACCGAGCGUCCGGAGCCUCGGCGCACCCCUCCCUCCCCGCUCCUCCCCGUCACAGAUCACCGGGCUCAGGUUCACCGCCUCAGCAGCUCCUCUCUACCGGCAUUUUUCCCACCAGCAGCCGUCCUUCGAAGAUGAUACCUGCUGCAGUCAUGUCCUUAUCCGUGGUGAUAUUUGGGACGCUGAUGCUGCAGUCUGUUUCCUCCCAGAGCGCGGGCUUUGUCAAAUCACCCCUGUCAGAGACCAAACUGUCGAGCGACGUCUUUGAGCUGUACUGUGACGUAGUAGGUAACCCCACCCCGGAGAUCCAGUGGUGGUACUCGGAGCUCAACCGAGCGGACUCUUUCAGGCAGCUGUGGGACGGCGCCCGCAGGCGGCGGGUGUCCAUCAGCACAGCGUACGGUGUGAACUCGGUGAGCGUGCUGGGAGUGUCCCGUCUCACGCUGGACGACUCCGGGACGUACGAGUGCAGAGCCAGCAACGACCCAAGACGGAACGACCUCCACCAGAACCCAGCCACCACCUGGAUCCGAGCUCAGGCCACUGUGACGGUGCUGCAGAAACCGUCCAUCGCUGCCUCUGAAAGCAUCAUCCUCACCGGCGACAUGGACAGUCUCGUCCUGCAGUGCAACCUGACCAGCACCUCCGGCAGCUUCGAGGACAGCUACUGGAUGAAGAACGGGGAGAUGAUCCACGAUUCUCGUGGCCCAAACAAGAACCUCGAGCACAGGCUGAACAGACCCAGAGGAGACGACGCAGGCGUGUACACGUGCGUCUUCAACUUCAACAAUGCGCUCUCUGCCAACGCCACCAUCGAAGUCAGAUCUGCUCCUCUGAUAACGGGGCACAAGCGGAGUGAGAAUAAGAACGAGGGGGACACCGCUGUGCUCCACUGUAAGUCUGUCGGCUACCCCCACCCCCUUUGGACCUGGCACAAAAUUGAAAGCGGCGGUAUUAAGGAUGUGGACAACUCGACUGGACGCUUCGUCGUCAGCAGCCGGGAGAACUACACCGAGCUCCACAUCUCCCACCUGGACAUUAACCUGGACCCGGGCGUCUACAUGUGCAACGCCACCAACCUUCUCGGCAGCUACAGCGAGCGGUCCACGCUGAGGGUCCGCAGCCACUUCGCCCCCCUGUGGCCCCUCCUGGGAGUUCUGAUUGAGAUCAUCAUCCUGGUCGUCAUCAUCGUUGUUUACGAGAAGCGCAAGAAGCCAGAGGAUUUACAAGACGAUGAUGACCUAGCUGGACCAGUGAAAACUAAUUCAACCAACAACCACAAAGACAAGAAUCUCCGCCAGAGGAAUACGAACUGAGGAGCCCGUCUGAUGACUCAUUAAUUAUGUAUUGACCAUAUGAAGGUAAACAAGAAAAGGACUCCACACCAAUCAUUAUUAGGAUGCAUCUGCCAUUAAAAAUAAGAUUGUGGGUGACUUAUAGGAGGCAUGUCCUGCAGUUUAUAUUGUGGUGAGGGUGUUUGGCACAAAGGUACUCCAUUACAGAGUUGACAUUAUGAACAUUGUUGCUGCAUGCAGUUGUUAACGUUUUAGGCUCUCUCUCUUUCUUUUUUUUGUCCACUAAUUAUAUAUUUUUACUUAUAAAAUAAUGCAUGCAAAUGUUCUGUUUGAUACAAAUUUUUUCCCCUCUAACACUGAGGGUGGCUUCAUGUAGAAAAUCUGUACUGUGAAAAACAAACAUUCAGUAAUGUAAAAGAAAAAAAGAUUAUAAACCCAUAUGGCAGAUGUGUACAGUUUUAUCAUUCCUCUGCAUAUCCUUUAAUCAUUUUAUCAGACUAUAUAUACACAUAUAUAUUUAUCUAUAUGACAUUUUAAGGGCUUUGCAGUGUCCCUCUAAAAUUAAGAUAUGUCAUGUAUGUAUGUAAUAAAUCACAUGUACCAGAUUCCCCCAAAAAUAUUAAGAUUAUUCAUUUAUGACGCACAUCAAGUGUUGAUAAAAAAUGGGGGGAAACGUAUAAAUCUACUUUAAGAAGUCUGAACUAAUCAUUCAAAUAUGUUAUUUUCUAAUUGUGUAAUUGUACAGCAUGGCUAUUAUCCUAUGCAAUUAUUAUCCAUGUCAAUAUACUGAAAAUCAUUCCAGCUUCUGAAUAUAUAUAUUUUUUUCUGUGACAAAGCUUUAAACUAGUAGGAUCACCUUAGAGCCUCACAGCUGCAUGAGAAACAGCUGGCGUAUGGUGGGGGGGAGACAUGAAGUGGUUGGAGGAAAUGGGUGGGGGGGAGGCCACGUCAGAGCUGACACACGUCAAACUCCAAGAUCUCAAUCAUUUUUAAAGAAUAAAUAUCUACAGAAAAAAA